AUGGGUUGUACACAAAGUCAAAAUCGAAAGACAAAAAACGGUAGCAAUGUACAUGUAACAGAAACUCGUCACUCAGAUACAAUCAGCAUUAAUGAUUCUGAAAGUUCAACUAGUAGUAAUGACUUCGAAAGUUCAACAAGUAAUGAACCAGUAUCAGCAAUAGGUAUCGAUUUAGGUACAUCAUAUUCAUGUGUUGGUGUAUUUCGAAAUGGUAAAGUUGAGAUUAUACCGAAUGAACAAGGAAAUAGAUUAACACCAUCUUAUGUUGCAUUUACUGAUCGUCAAUGGUUGAUUGGUGAUGAAGCUAAAAAUCGAUUAUCUAUUAAUCCGCAAGAUACAGUUUUUCAUUUUAAACGACUUAUUGGUCGAAAAUUUUCUGAUUCAAUAGUACAAUCAAAUAUGAAACGUUGGCCAUUCAAAGUUAUUAAUGAUUAUGAAAAGCCAAAGAUUGAAGUUAAAUAUAAAAAUCAAAUAAAACAAUUCACACCUGAAGAAAUCUCGUCUAUGAUAUUAAUUAAAAUGAAACAUAUUGCCGAAUCUUAUCUUGGUCAUACAGUCACGUCAGCUGUCAUUACAGUUCCAGCUUCUUUUAAUGAUUCUCAACGUCAAUCAACAAGAGAUGCUGCUACUAUUGCUGGUCUUAAAGUAUUACGUCUUAUCAAUGAAUCAACAGCUGCUGCUAUUGCUUAUGGUUUAGAUAAACAAGAAAUAUCUAAUGAAAGAAAUAUUCUUAUUUAUGAUUUGGGUGGUGGAACAUUCAAUGUAUCAGUGAUUUCACUUAUAAAAGGAAUAUUCGAAGUUAAAUCAACAACUGGUGAUGGAGAUUUUGGUGGUGAAGAUUGUGAUAAACGAAUGGUUAAAUAUUUUGUAGAAGAAUUUCGACAAAAAAAUCAGAAAAAUUUAUCAGAAAAUAAACAUGCUCUUCGUCGUUUACUAAGAGCUUGUGAACAUGCUAAAGUUGCUUUCAGAGAUGGGACCGCAUCAAUUGAAAUAGAUUCAUUACAUGAAGAUAUUGAUUUCUAUUCAACAAUAACUCGUGCUCGUUUUGAAGAACUUAAUGAUGAUUUAUUUUAUUCAACACUUGAAUCUGUUAAACAUGCUUUACAUGAUGCAAAAAUGAAUAAAUCACAAAUUCAUGAAGUGAUUCUUGUUGGUGGUUCAACGCGUAUUCCAAAAGUCCAAAAAAUUUUACAAGACUUUUUUAAUGGUAAACAACUAAAUAAAUCAAUAAAUCCAGAUGAAGCUGUUGCUUACGGUGCUGCUAUUCAAGCUGCUAUUUUAACUAAGAACAAAUCGAAACAAUUAAAAAAAGUGUUGCUGUUUGAUGUUACAUCGCAUUCAUUAGGUAUUGAAUCAGCUGAUGAUGUUAUGACAGUAGUAGUUGAACGUAAUACAAUACUUCCAUUAAAACGAAUACAUACAUUCACAACGAGUGUUGAUUUUCAACAAUGUGUUGCUAUUAAACUUUUUCAAGGUGAAAGAUCAAUGACAAAAAAGAAUCAUUUACUUGGAACUAUUGAUAUUUGUCCAAUCACACCAGCACUUAAAGGUGCACCAGAGAUUCAACUUACAUUUGAUAUUGAUGUCAAUGGAAUUCUAAAUAUCUCAGCUGUAGAGAAAAUAUUUGGAAAAGAAAAGAAAGUGACACUUACAGGUAGUAAAAUGCAAUUAUCCAAAGAUGAACUGGAACGUAUGAUAAAUGAUGCUAAAAGAUAUCAAACAGAAGAUGAAAUAGAAGGAGAGCGAUUGGAAGCUAAGAAUUUACUUAGAUCAUAUUGUUUUAAUAUUAAAACAAAACUUAAUGGCGAGAACUUAGAAUAUAUAUUCAAUGAUGAUGAGAAAAAGAAAAUAAUUGAUGUUCUCGAGGAAAUAUCCCUAUGGUUGGAAAUCAAUCAGUUUGCUAAAAAGGAAGAAUUUGAACAUAAAUUAAAAGAAGCGGAAAAUGCUUUAUCAGAGCAAUCUCUUGAAGAUUAA